UAACUUAAACAAAGAAACGAAGCCAAAAUGUCUCCGAAAUACAUGUCCUUGUGCCUUCUAGUAAUACUAGGGAUGGUGAUCCUUCUGGCCACUACUUCCCUAGCAGAUCGUCGCACACUUUCGGUGGAGAAAUCCUCCGUGAUGGAUGACCAUGGCCAUUAUCACCAUCACUAUCCACCUAAAAAACACUGGCCUCCUACCACCCAAAAUGAACCUUCAAAAGUCGAAAACAAUGAGAUAGAGGAUGACCAUCAUCACCAUCACUACCCACCUAAAAAGCACUGGCCUCCUACCACACAAAAUGAGCCUUCGAAAGUUGAAAACAAUGAGCCACACACUAAGGUGGAGGAUGGCCAUUAUAAGCCUCCACACAAGCAUUAUCCUCCUUCAGGAAACUAACUAAUCUAGUGAAGCUGCUACUACCA